CCUAUAACGCUGGCAGUGGGGAAGCCCUUCUUCUUCCUGACGGACUCUGUCCUUUUCAGUACUGCCUUCCGGUCGCUUUUGCCUUUCAGUCUUUCUUCCUCAGCGGAUGUUGACCAUCUCGGCGUCCAAGGCUUUGACAGGAACAAGCCGGCGAUUUUCAAAUCUUUCAGUUUUUACACAGUGGAGCUGUCGCAGUGCGAAGAAUCCCCGAUAAAAUCCCACACACCUCGACGCAUUCUCGAAGAGGCGAAGAGCACCGAGCACCUGAAUCGGACACGGACGUCGAUAACGUUGUUCUGCCGGACGUCUUCACCCUGCACUCGACCAAAUCAAAUCAUGAUACUAUGUCACCUCUCAAUACGGAAUGUUGUCGCCAUUAUUUACACCAUCCUGCUCCAACUCACUCUCGUCGCGGCCUUGCCCACCGGUGACUACAACCAGGCGUCACAGAUUGACGCGAGAAGUGGUAUCCAGACACUCCAUCUACAAACAAAAAGAGAAGAGCAAAUCGACAGUUCAUCAAUACCGAAGAUUGCGGGGGGUGCAGUCGGCAUUGUGGCACUGGGGCUCAUAUUCGGCCUCGGCUCGGCAUCCAUCGCUGUGUAUGGGUCUCUGGAGUGGCGGACGCGGCGCGACAGGAAGAAGCAGGAAAAGGGCCAGGUCAUCCAAGAAAAGAAGCUGGACGACAGCUCUAGCGAAAACACAACUAUUAGAUAAUGAAAAUGUCUUGAAACG